CGUCUUGUUAGGAAUUUUGGGGCUGUCAAAUAUAAGGUGAUUUUGAAAUAAUUUUUUAUAUUUUUCGGUUUUAUGUUAGUAUUUUUUGUGAACUAAAAAAGUGCUAAUUAAAAUUCAUUAAAAGGAUGUGAAUUUAUUAAUAAAAUAAAACACAUCUUUUUUUUAUUUGUCUGUGGAUUACUUUCGUAAUUUUUUCACGAUAAAAAAACCGACUUGUUGAAGCUUUUUUUUCUUUCGAAAAUGGAGUUGGAACCUCAAGUUAUGACAAAUAAUAAUUUAGAUAUGUUAACAGAGACAAUGUUUUAUGAUAUUCUCACACAUACUUCGUAUCCAGUAAAUAAUUAUAAGAAUACCGAAAAAGAUGAAUUCGAAAAUUUGACGAAUAAAGAAACAAAAAUGUUGAAACAAAACGUGACGCUGGUAGGUUUUCCAGUAAGUGUAAUGCCACCGCCACCUCACAAAAUAGUUAAUUACGCAAAUAGUAAAGUAAAAAGGUAUCACCCUAGAGAUUCGUCGAGACAGAGGGAUACUUACCGACCCAUAUCGCCUAAAGGGUACGAUAGCGACGAGAGUUGUACAUCAUAUUCUUCAAGAGAAACCCCACCGCAUAACAGAAAUAAAUAUAACAACUCGAGAUUGGAAGAUAAUAAUGUAGUUUUCGACAAAUAUAAUCAAAAUUCUAAUAUUUACCACAAUUCUCACGUUCAAUAUCAUUCUAAUAUUCAACAAAAUUAUAAUACCAAUACAAACGGGUAUUUCAACAAAUAUAGAUAUACAAACAAUAAUAAUAAUAAUAACAAUAAUGGGAAUAAUACAAAUGGUCGUCAAAAACAUGGUAAUUAUAAACAUAGUAUGGAUAAUAUGAUAAAAAGGGCGCACGGCUUAGUGGAAAGGUUUAAAUCGAGAUCGAACGUAAUGAAAAUAGAACCGAACCCUCCUACAUUAUCCACGGGAACAAUGUGGGACCAACUUAACCAAGAAAUAUGGAACGUUUUCAGUAGUAGGGCUCAAAAAGAGAAAACUUACGAUAGCAAAAUCGAUUUAUGGAAAAAUCUAUUUUUAUAUAUAAGGAAAUGUUUAAAUAGUUACGGUUUAUUUAUGGUCGGUUCAACGAUGUCUGGUUUCGGUUUGGAAAGUAGUGACAUCGACAUGUGUCUAUUGACUAAACCGGUUUCUAGUGAUCCUCGAGCCGAUUCCCUACACCAUUUAAAUGCCAUCAAGCAUUUAUUGGCGAAACACGAUUCCGCCGGGGAUGCCGAAUUGAUAUUGGCCAAAGUGCCGAUUUUGAAAUUCAAAGAUAAAGAAACCGGUUUCGAAAUUGAUCUGAAUUGCAAUAAUUCCGUCGGUAUAAGAAAUACGCACUUAUUGUACAGUUACGCCCGAUUGGAUUGGAGAGUUCGCCCUUUGGUGAUCGUGGUGAAGAUUUGGGCGCAAGCGAAUUGUAUAAAUGACGCUAAAAAUAUGACAGUUUCCAGUUAUUCGUGGGCGUUGAUGGUCAUCCAUUAUUUACAAUGUGGGGUGGUACCGCCGGUGUUGCCGUGUCUCCACGGCCUCCUACCGGAAAAAUUCAAUCACCUCAACGAAAAUCACACGAUGGACGUCCAAGAAGACCUGCCGACGAUAAAAGAUUUCCGUUCGGAUAAUUUGUUGGGUCUUUCUCAACUUUUGAUCGGUUUUUUUCAAUAUUACGCCAAUUACGAUUUCAAUAAUUACGCCAUAUCGGUUAGAGCGGGUUCCAGUUUACCUAUAGACGAAUGUCGAUUCGCGAAAGCGCCCAAAAACGAUCCGCAUCAAUGGAAAUUUAUGUGUAUAGAGGAGCCGUUCGAUUAUACGAAUACCGCUCGGUCGGUAUUCGAUUUGGAAUCGUUCAAACAUAUCAAAAAUAUAAUAACGGCUUCCUACGAGGUACUCUCGACGACUAAAUCGUUGAAUAGUAUAUUGCCAUUGAAUUCCAAGUACGAAAUAAGAUGAUGCUGAUCGUAUAACGAACCUAAAUAAUAUUGAAAAUCUAUUCGGUUUUGCGUGGAUCUAUUUUUUUGUUUUUUUUUAUUUGUAGAAAGAAUCUUUAGGUCGUCAUCGAUAGUUUUGGUUAAUUUGUGGUAUUUAUACAUCGUUUGAUGAUUUUUAGUUGCGUUCGGGAAUUUCUGUUGAACUUUCGAUAGUUUUUGUUCUAUUUCUCACAGUUUUUCAACAAUUUCUAUUAAUUUUCAAACAGUUUUUGUCAAUUUCCCACCUUUAUACAUUAUUUAACGAUUUUUAGUAACUAUUGUUAAACUUUUAACAAUUUUUGUUGCAAUUAAACAGUUUUUGUUCUAUUUCUCACAGUUUUUCAACAGUUUCUAUUAAUUUUCAAACAGUUUUUGUCAAUUUCCCACCUUUAUACAUCAUUUAACGAUUUUUAGUAACUAUUGUUAAACUUUAACAAUUUUUGUUGCAAUUAAACAGUUUUUGUUCUAUUUCUCACAGUUUUUCAACAGUUUCUAUUAAUUUUCAAACAGUUUUUGUCAAUUUCCCACCUUUAUACAUCAUUUAACGAUUUUUAGUAACUAUUGUUAAACUUUUAACAAUUUUUGUUGCAAUUAAACAGUUUUUGUUCUAUUUCUCACAGUUUUUCAACAGUUUCUAUUAAUUUUCAAACAGUUUUUGUCAAUUUCCCACCUUUAUACAGCAUUUAACGAUUUUUAGUAACUUUUGUUGAACUUUCAACAAUUUUUGUUGACAUUAAUCAGUUUUUGAUAAAUUUUUAACAGUUUUUGAACAGUUUCGAUUAACUUUCAAACGGUUUUUGUUAGGUUAUAUUAAGCGUUAAAAUUUUCGAUUAAAUUUCAACUUUUUCAGACCACUUUUUGCCUGAGUAACUAGUUAGGCUAGUUUCCCACAGUGUUGAUCCAUUAUCAAUAAUUUUGAUUAAUAUUUCUCUAUUUUACAACAGUUUUUGUUCAACUCCCUACAGUUUUCACCGUCACCAAUAAUUUUUGAUCAAUUCCCUACAAUGUUUUCCAGAUUUCAACACUUUUUGAUCAAUUUCCCACAUUUUUUUCUAUUUUCUAACAGUUUUUAUCUAUUAACCACAGUUUUUGAUCAUGCCCUACAGUUUUCACCGCCACCAACAAUUUUUUAUCAAUACCCCACAAUUUUUUUCAGUUUCGAACACUUUUUGAUCAGUUUCCUACAGUUCUUUCUAUUUUCCAACAGUUUUUGUAUAUUAACCACAGUUUUUGAUCAAUCUCUACGCAUUUUAAUCAAUUUUCUACAGUUUAUGCCUGAUAAUUACAAUUUUUGACCAAUUUCCUGCAGUUUUUUCUAUGUCCCAACAGUUUUUGCCCGAUUUUCAACAGUUUCGUAUAAUAACCAACAGUUUUGAUCAACAUUCAAGAGUGUACAUCCAAUUAUCAACAUAUUCCGACCAUUUUUCAACAGUCUUUGAUUACUUUCCAAAAAUAUUUCUUGAAAUUUCAAUUUUAACCACCGUCGGUGAUUUUCCGUUCAAUUUUCUUAUCUCUAUGGUUUUUUUUUUACUUUCAAAUGCGCCUAUCGGUUUAAUUUUCUAGUAAAAGUUCGAAAACAGCUUGAAAAAAUUGUAUUUUCCCGGAAAACCGAGUACGUUUUCAUAUAUACCGCUUGAAACAUUCCAAGAUGUAUUUUACCGAAAACGUGAGAAUGAGGUUAUGUACGUAUGUAUGUAUGUGUGUGUGUGUGCGUGUCAAUGUAAUUGUUCGUUAUUCUUUUCCUUUGUUUUUUGUUAUUGAAUUGACCAUGUUCUAAAAAAUCCGCAAAUUUGGUGAUUUUUACAAGACGUGGCAACGCGUCAAUCUCGAAAAUUCUUCUUUUUUACACUCACUUUCAAUUGAACCUGGUCAAUAUUUUCGUGUUGUAAUAAAUAUUAAGUAAAAUUUAAAAAAAUCAAAUAAAACAAAAUGCUCGUCGUGAAAUUUUUCAAAUCCGUGGCGAGUCAAAAAAAAACACGUGAAUGUUUUUAGUUUAAAAAAAAAUAUCUAUACGCUUAGAUUUUGCGCGCCAAAAAGGUCGCAAAACGCUGUAAAUGAUACAUAUCAAACAACGGGUGCAUUUAUAACACACCCUAGCUGCCACCCUUAAUAUAAAAAAACAGAAAAAAAUAAGCAAACUUAUAUAUAAUAUACACCUACGUUUUUUUAGUAGUUUUUUUCUGGGUGUACAUUGAAAUUUUUUGUUUUCAGAUGUUUAUACAUAGGUGUAAAUUUACUUAUUAAAAAAAUAUUAAAAACCUCGACUAUUUUGUUAUACUUGACAACAACGCCUUAUAUAUUCGAAAUUCACUAGAUUUUUUUCACAUUUUCUCGUUUUAAUCAUUCCCGAAAUCAAAUUUCCCGCUUUUUAAUCUAAUUCAUAAUUUACACUUAUCGAUUCGUUCCGUCUAAUUCUUCUUUUUCUUGAUAUUUUCACGAUAUUAAAUUCGUGUUUAUGUAGCUGCGUAAACUAAUGAAAAAAGUCCGGUGAUUAGAGAAGUAGUUGAUGCGUCGUUGUCAAGUUUCGGUUUGUUUAAUAGAAUUUUAUGAUCGAGGUGAAUAAAAAAAAAUAAAAAAAGUUUAACUAAAAAAAAAAAAUUAAAUAUUUGUGAUUGAACCUAUUUUGAUCUCUGAAAUGGUGAUUUAGGUAUUAAGUAUAUUCGUUUAAAUGAAAAAUGUUGUACAUCUUCUGGAAUUUAAAAGAUCUGGCAACGACUUAAUAAAUACGAAAAAGAAUCCUAAUUAGUACAUUCAAUUUUAAAUUUCAGAAUAUUCAACUACGUAAAUUUAAAGCAAAAAGUUGUUACAUGAAAAUAAAAAUAGUCACUACGUGCCAAAUGCGUAUAAUACGAAGGAAAUAAAACUAAUAGUGUGGAAAUUUCAAUUUGUGGUAAAAUCAAAUUUCGAGGUUAAUAAUUUGACUACAAAUUGAUGUUUCCUGAAUACGAGGUGCGUUUGUAAAAUAUUUUUUUUAUACCACUUUUACUUUCGAAAAACAGUGAUACCAAAUCGGACGAUAAUUUUCCAGAUUGUGUUAGAUCAGGUAAAUAAAAAGUAAGUUCUUUCAGCAUGUUAAUUAAUCCGGCGAAAAAACAAUCUGAUGUGUGAAUUUAAGGUGGUGACAUUGGUUUUUUGUUCAUUUUGAUGCUAAACUGACGUAAAUUCGUAUAAUAUGUCACACGGUGCUAAAUCCGGCGAUUAAAAUGGAUACUAUUCUGAAAUUAUGUCCAGGAAAUGAAUUUUUCAUAAUUUUUUCUAGUGUUUCCAUUUAUUUUGACGUUUAAUGUACGCCGAAUAGUGUAUUAUGUCACACGGUGCUAAAUCUGGCGAUUAAAAUGGAUACUAUCGUGAAUUUUCGUUUGGAAAGGAAUUUUUCAUGAUUUUUUUAACGUUUCCAUUUAUUAUAACGUCAAAUGUACGCCGAUACGUUCAUUAUGUCACACGGUGCUAAAUCCGGCGAUUGAAAUGGAUACUAUUCUGAAAUUAUGUCCAGGGAAGAAAUUUUUCAUAAUUUUUUUUAUUGCUUCCACUUAUUUUGACGUCAAAUGUACGCCGAAACGUUUAUUAUGUCACACGGUUCCAAAUCUGGCGAUUAAAAUGGAUACUAUCGUGAAUUUUCGUUCUAAAAGGAAUUUUUUAUGAUUUUUUUCAACGUUUCCAUUUAUUAUGACGUCAAAUGUUCGCCGAUACGUUCAUUAUGUCACACGGUGCUAAAUCCGGUGAUUGAAAUGGAUUCUAUUCUGAAAUUAUGUCCAGGGAAGAAAUUUUUGAUGAUUUUUUUCCAAUAUUUCGAUUCAUUUUGAAAUCGAAUGUACACCGGUAUGUUUAUUAUGUCACACGGUGCUAAAUCCGGCGAUUAAAAUGGAUACUAUCGUGAAUUUACGCCCCUAAAGGAUUUUUUACUAAUUUUUCCAUUUUUUGACACGGUUAUGAUUAUAUCUGAUUAUUUCGUCGCGCGGUGCUAGAUCGGGUGAAAAAGGCGGUCGGUUUAAUAUAUAUUUGGUAAUUAUCUAUUGAACGCCCCUCGUAUUUUUUCACUUUCCGAUUUCUGGUGUUUAGAAUAAAAUUUAUUAGACAAUAUGUAAAUGUCGAAUACAAUAAUUGAUAAACAAUAAAUUUGUAGAACAAAAAAAAAUAUAUAUUGUCAUUUUUCUUCUUCUUGUCGCGUUUUUUUUUGGAUUACGAAAAAAUCUUUUCGAUUAUUGCGUCUUGUAGGACGCGUUAGUUGGAAAUAUUCAAUUUUUUCACGUAGGAAAAUAUUAUUAUCAAAUUUGAAUUGUAAAGCUCGACAAGUUUUAUUUUUUUCAUAUAAUCUUGUCGGGCUAUUUUUUUUCGAACAUUCUGUAUGGUUUAUUCAAAUAAAGUCUAAUAAAAAAUUGCAUUUUUUCUUAAA